AUGAAAUCCAUCAUUAUAUUUCAUCUUUUAAUCACCUUCACCGUUUAUUUUCCUAGUAUUUUUUCAUACUCCAAUCAUAAUGUUCGUUUAUACAAUUUACUUCGAACACCAGUAAGUAUGAAGGACAAUGCAUUUGUAUUACCAACACGAAGUAAUAAAGACACGUUUACAUCAGUUCUUAAUCGACAAUUGAAUUCUAUUGAAGAUGAAGAAAAUGUUCAAACGCGUAAUAGUUGGGAUUCAGGUGAAGAUUAUUAUUUUCAAUGGGCGAAGCAAAAUCGUCGACCAGUUGAAUAUUUUACUGGACGAAAGCGAGAAACAGCUCAAGUGAUAACACCAACACGUCGUCGGUAUGAUCAUGAUGGUCUAUGGCGUAGUGGACUUGUUGGUUAA